AUGUCGAAAGAUAUUGAAGAGAAGAGGCUGAAGAAGGAGAAGAAGGACAAGAAGGAAAAGAAGGAAAAGCGCGCGGAGACAGACGGCGUGUCCAAGAGCAAAAAGGACAAGAAGGAGAAGAAGGUCAAGGGCGAUGUCGAGAUGGUAGACGCGCUCGAGGCUGAGCUCGAGAAGGAGCCAGAAGUCUCAAUGGUCAACGUCGUGGACGGUGAUGAGCCGCGCGGCGCACUUGUUCCCUUUGCCUUCCCUCUCGCAGACAACGACAAGGAGGUCAAGAAGAUCCUGAAGACCGUCAAGAAGUCCGCCAAGUCCAAGACCCUCCGCCGCGGUGUGAAAGAAGUCGUAAAAGCGCUGCGCAAGUCCGCUGCUUCAGGCGCUGGAUCCUCCCUCGACGACCCCAGCGCCGUUGUUGUCAUCGCCGCCGAUAUCUCGCCCAUGGACGUCAUUGCGCAUAUCCCCGUUCUCUGCGAAGACCACAACGUACCCUACAUCUACAUCAAGAGCCGCGCGCAGCUCGGCGAGGCAAGCGCAACAAAGCGACCCACCAGUGUGGUCAUGAUCGGCAAGGACAGGAUGGGCAAGAAGGCCGGCGAGGGCGACGAGGAGUUCACCGAGGCAUACGGAGAGCUGGUCAAGGUUGUUGGCAAGGCUGCUAAGACAGUCAAGAAGUGA